CUCCGAUUCACGAUUUUAACAGAAGCCUCUAUCAGAAAGCUAGGGUCACUGCUAUCGGCGACUGAAGCAAAACAUCGCCUGUAGUAUUACUGCAAAUCGCAGACGAAAGGACUUUCUUGGUAUUGAUGGCAUCCAAGAUUCAGCAACUGCAAUCUAAGGCAUGUCAAGCUUCACAGUUUCUUGCUAAGCAUGGUACUGGCUACUACAAACAGUUGCUGGAGCAGAACAAACAGUAUAUUGUGGAGCCACCUACUGUUGAAAAAUGCAAUGAAUUGUCCAAGCAGUUGCUCUACACUCGUCUUGCCAGCAUCCCUGGCCGUUAUGAGUCAUUUUGGAAGGAAGUCGAUUCUGUGAAGCACAUGUGGAGGAAUAGAAAGGAAUUGAAGGUUGAAGAUGCAGGCAUUGCAGCUUUGUUCGGCUUGGAGUGCUUUGCAUGGUAUUGUGCUGGUGAGAUAGUAGGAAGAGGAUUUACAUUCACUGGUUACUAUGUCUGAGUAUCAGUUUCCAAAAACUUGUUUGCGCAAAUUGACAAUUGUAAGGUCUCUUUUUAUUAGGAUGAUUUGAGUAACAGGGAAUACAUACAAGAUUUUGUUUCCCAAGAAAGUUUCCUGGUUUUGGGAAAUCAGUGUUUAAAUUGAUGCAAUAAAUUGCUCCUUUUUUGGUCUUCUCAUUCCCACUUCAGUGGAGAGGCUUAGACUGAACUUUGUAAUACUAACUCUAUUUUGAGUGAUACUGCUGCAUAUGACAGUACACUGCCUUUGUUAGUGUUCCUUUUGUCGA